AUGCAUGAGAUACAUGUGGAAUAUAGAGAAUUAGCAUGGUUAACCUCAUUUACAAUCAUAAAACCUGUCUUUCGAAGUCUGUUAUAUCGUUACAAUCGAGAAUUGAGUGUCAAUGUCAAACGACGGCUUGAAGUGAACGAUAUGGCAGGAAUUUCGUGGCACAAAAGCUAUAAAUCUGCAGUAGUAGAAGUAGAGGGCAUGGAUUUUGAUGAGGAGUCGUGGCUGAAGAAUAUUUUCUGGACAGAUAAUAGGAAUAGGCAAGCAUAUAAAGAGUUUGAAGAUGUUAUAACAUUUGAUACCACGUACAUAACUAAUAAAUAUGACAUGCCAUUUGCAGCUUUCGUUGGAGUUAAUCAUCAUGGACAAUCAACACUCCUUGGUUGUGGUUUGGUGUCGAAUGAAAAUACAGAAACAUUUGUAGUAGCUUCUGGGCAGGAAUGUCGAAUAACUCAGCGCAGUGGAAGUUUGAAUGCAUUCUUCGAUAGGUAUAUGAUCACCGUCCUUCUUCGUAAUAAUGUAACUUCACUGCCUGACACCUACAUAUUACAAAGAUGGAGAAGAGAUGUGAAUAGAGCCUACACGGGGGUCGUAGUGAAUUACAAUGGUUUGAAUAGCAGUCCUGCCCAGUUGAGAUAUGACAAAAUGUGUCAAUCAUUUGCUUCGCCUGCAAACAUGAUUGCAGAUGAUGAGGAAAGUCAUGCUUUAAUGGAGUGGAUAGAACGCGAAAAACAAACAUUAAAGAUGAUGAAGUCGAUUUCUGGAAGUAAUAACACGUCCCAACAAGCAUUUCAUACAAUGUGA